AUGGAGAAGCCCAGCAGCAGUGGCCACGUCUCGAGGCCCGUCGAUGAUGGUACACAAGAAACUGACGUUAAAUACACCGUAAACAAGGCUGGCAAUAACGACAGUAGCGUUGGCCGAAGCAGCUGCAGGAAUAAGGCGGUGGCGGUGUCGGUCUCCCUAUCGCACUCUCUCUCCCUUGGUACCCAUACCCUUGAGCGGCUCCGCGAUUGGGUGGGGGCCUCCUCCUCUAGAAAGUCCUUUCGGCUGCCGCACUGGUGGACUGCUGGAAGCUCGCGCUUCGUCAAGGUAAAGAAGGAUGGUGGCACCUACGCGGUCCUCACGGGGAAGAAGCUCUAUGAUGCUCCUUACUGCUUCCGCGUGCGGCGCGACGAGGAAAGGAAGAAGGCGUUCUUCACACCGCUCUCGGCGACGCCCGCAUACGCCGGAGGACCGGAGGAGUUGGAAUCACUGCCUGACAUUGUGGCGUACGAAAGAGAGGCGUUUCGCACGACGGUGGGGAAGAUCUUCAUGAAUGCGAACAAUACGGUCGCGAAAGAGCAACUAGACCGGAUAGUCAAGGAGCACGCGCAUGAGGGAAUGGACUACAUACGGGCCCUUCGUGUGCUACACCCUCCCACACAGAUGCAAUCAUCCGUGUCCGUCCCGUCGUUGGCACCAACGUCACCCAAAGUGUCCGCAACGCUUGCAACAUCGUUGCCUGUGUCUCCAUCCGCGUCAUCGUCGUCAGCUGUGGUGUCAUCACCACCGCCAAUGAGCCGAGACAUCAGUGACGAUGCUUUAGUCCCGGGUGAAGCCCAACAGGUGCAUUCUCCGGAGAGCCCAUUCUCAGAGAGUAGUUUCCUAACCAACGAGGGCUCGCGUGAAGCUGUAGUGCCAAAUUUUCCUGGUGCACCACCGCCAGGUGAUGAAGCAGAGGAAGAAAAAGGGACGCAGCAAGAGCAGCGACAGGAAGAAGAACAGCUUGUCGAAGUGUGUAUUUCCUCUCCUAUAGAAGCGGAUGCAGCGGAGAAUGAUAGCGCCGCGGAGGUGGAAGAGGGGCAGCAGGUGGUUGGGGUGGACUUGGUGUGCCUCCGGCAGGAAAUGCAGGCGGAAAAAGAAGUCAUCAUGAAAGAAAAUCGCAGUCUUCAAGAAGGAGCUGUCACGCUAAUGAGAGAACGGGAUGAGCUUUGUAGGCGUGUUGACUGCUUGUUAGGUGAACUGAUGGGGCUCCGUCAAGGCAUGGAUGUUGUUGUGAAAACCCACUCAAAGGAAAUGAAUUCGUUGCGGGAAGAAAUGCCGGCGGACCGGUUAGCGGCGGCUGAGGCACAGCGUGUGGCCAUCAACGAGGCUGAGCAGCGAGUAAAGGCAUUCCACGCUACAUACGAUCUGCACGUGACACAAGUUAGGGAGGAACAGCAGUUUCUUCACGCCGAGUUAAAGCGCCUCUCGGGCGCCCUGCAGUUGUCGCAGGAGCAAACAGGAACGUUGCUGUCGGUGUUGGAGCUUCGCGAACGGCAGUUAGCUGCUGCACUGAGUGAAGUAGCGAGGUGUGAGGGAAUACACGAGGAGCAGAAAGGGCGCGAUGUGCGCGGUAACGGGAGUGUUUCAGGUGCUGAUAUAUCAGGGCAGAAGCGGAGGAGUAGCGUCAGCACGCGGGGCACCUCGCAGGCCGUGACCGAGCCGGUGGUGACUGCGGUAGCCAGCGUUAACGCAAUAAGCGACGAUGACGAAAUGUGCCUGUUGCCGCAUGUUCUCAAGCAGCACGGCCGUGGUACGAGUCGAAUGAACAGUCAGAGCGAACCACAACAGACGGAGGACUACCAGGAGCGCAGGGAGUUGCCGAGUAACGGUGAGCCUCGGUGCCGCCCCGCAUCUGUUGAGGAGGAGGUCACGUGCAACAGCGGCCACGGCCUCUCGAGCGCGGAACGCCACGUAUCGGAGCAGCGGCAGUCGAUGCUGCACUCACAGCGACGCGGCCAGACGUUUCUGCACUCGCCGUGGCGUCGUGCGCCUUUUACCGCGCUGGGCUACACCAACGAGACGCUCCACCACCUGCACACCCCGGACCGCGGCGUGGGUGUUACGACGCUGGAGCCGAAGAUGGCGCAGUGGGAAGCUGCGCGCGCCCGUAGUAACAGCAGCCGACGGUUGUAUACGUCACAGAAGAGAUCGCGCUGGAGCUCAGUGAGGCUGGAACGGCGUGGUCAGCUCGAAUUGCACCUCCUUGCACAACCUCCAGAAGAAUAG